AUGGCGAUUACCGAACUUAUCUUCCCCAAGAUCAAGCCUGACCAGGCUUCACUUGAUGAAAUCGAGCGAGACUGGCCUAUCAUUAGCAAGAGAUUGACCGACCCCAACCCUGGAGUGCUAUGCGCAUACCGUGGAUGGGUCCUCACCGAAAAUGGACGCAAUGUGAGAGAGGAACACAGGGAGUUUCUACUAUUUGAAUGGGAGAAAAUUGAAUCCUUCCACGCGUUCAUUGUCUCGGAGCAGUUCAAGAAUUUUGCGGCCUCUAUCAGACAUCUAGUGACUGGACCACCGACGCUGCAGCUAUUUGACACAAAUCUCAGCCCCAAAGAUGCUGCUUCUGCAUCUAGCAUUGAGAUAUUCCGCGUGACCGUUCCAAAUGCUGAGAAUGCCGAGACUGCUCUAAAGACCUGGGAGGCCAUAUCUCAAAAAGCCAAAGAGAGAUACGGAGACAAAGUAUCGGUCACCUACGGCAAGAGCCAAAAUCUUGAUGACGAGGUCGUUGCAGGUAUCAUCGGGUGGUCGAAACUAGAGGAUUGCGUUCCUAACAAUCAGGAGCCUGCGCUCGUAGACUCGCUCGAGUCGUUGAAGUGUUUGGGAGAACUAUCAAAUAUCACUGUCGAGAUUGAGCCCAUGGAUCUUCCGCCUUCGUAG